AUGACCUCGUCUGCCAACAGCAGCAGCGCCGCCGCUGCUGCUGCCACGGCCGCCAUCAUCAGCGAGUCUGGCGCCAGCACAGGGGCACCCAUACACACCUCCCACCACCGUCGAGGGCUCAGUCUGAGGCGGGCGGCCGGUCUCGAGUCGACCUCCGUAGGCUCGCCGUCUGGGUUUGGGGCCUAUGCCGCCAGGAAUGGCGUGGCAGUCGACCGCAAGCAGACCCCCUCGCUCAACACCAGUGCCAUUGCCGAGGAGCUGUCGACGGGUGGGAGGCCGGUCAGCAUCAGACACAGGAGCCGGCGGGCGAGUGAGGGUUCCCAUCUGAUGAAGGCUGAGGGCAAGAGGUCUCUCGUCGAGUUGAAGUGUGACCGCUGUGGGAAGGGGUAUAAGCAUAGCAGCUGCUUGACCAAGCAUAUGUGGGAACAUGACCCGGCAUGGGCAGUGACCUCGAAACUCCUCAUAUCGAAACACCAGCAGGUCCAGCUGCUCGAAGCCGCCAGCGUCCUCGUCACGCUCAAUGAACCCUCCUCCGAAGACACAGCCUCGCGCACAGCAGCCAGCGGGAGCGGAGACUCUGACUGUUCGUCUGCCUCUCCCACCGUCUCUGGCAUAUCUGAACUCCGCGACGGCCUCAGCUCGACUGAGACCACUCCACCACCCACGAGCGACGACGGCGCUUUCUCCAAGUCCAGCGACCCCUACCGCUACCCUAGCAGUUAUAAUAAUCACCAUAUUAAUCAUAAUAAUCAUAAUCACUCCUUCUCACGCUCCCUCCAGUCCAUACCCUCGGCCUCCUUCGCCAGUGGAAGCAGCGUCCCUUCUUACUCGCCCACACACUCUCACUUCCGCCAAUCAAGCACAGAUACCAGACCGUCGACCGCGGAUACCAAUGGCGUCCUCGACGACGACGCAGCCGGUCUCGCAGCAGCAAUCGAGCUCUGCAACUUUGGCACUCCCAGAUCAGGACCCAUGUCCAUCCCCGAAGACGUCCCUCCCGUACCACCCCUGCCAGCUCGGUUCCUAGGGCAGAGCGUCGGCAGCACAAUGGCACUAGCCAACAACCAGACAGACGGCUUCUUCAGUGGCAACAGCACCGCCUCCAGCAACAGCAUGAACAUGAACCUAUCAAAUAAUAACAGUGGGAGCAGUAUCUCCGGAGCAACUAUAACCGCCAACCUCGCUGCGUCCACACCAACGGCCUUUGAUGCCCUACCCAUGAACACACAUACACCCAUAUCAUACCGUGUCUCGGACGAGCGAGACGUCAAGAUGGCCGACAUCAAGCCAGACAUCACCGAACAUGCAAGCCCAAGGGACAACCACGCUCCAAAAUCAGGCUCGCCGGACGACGACUCAGACCGUGGCUCUCCGUCUUCGGUCGUACACAUGGAUGACGACGACGACGGUGUCUUUGGCCGCAUGGAAGAGUGA